AUUGGUGUCGAAGAAUGGCGAGCGUCAGCUCUACGCACCAUUGACGAGCGCAUGGCACUCUUCGACUCCCCCGAGAAGACUUCUCGUCCUGCAACUCGCCCGGACGUAUCGGACCCUGCGCAUGGCCUCCCACAUCGCGCCCUAGGCGUCAAAGAGCUGCUCGAACAGAUACUCCGUGAAUUAAUGCCAAGCACACUGUACGUUGCAUGGAACGUAUCAAAGGGUUGGAGAGACAUGGUGAGCUACAUCCUGCAAACUCGGUUCCACAGUCCACAUCCUUGCGCGCCUGUCGACCAUGGCGAGUCUAUUCAGCCAGGUCUGGGCUGGAUGCAGCCAUCCGAAAGUGAGAUCGUAGAGUUCCAGGACACGGUGGAUAGGUUGUACCAGGCGCCCCAACCCGAGACCUUUCGCGACACCUUUCUCCUCACUGCCAGGUUGCCGCACGCUGACAAGGUUCCGAAUUCGACGUCCGACAUUUUCCGCACACUCUGUCAGCGUCAGUUCGCAUUCUUGUACGCCCCCGGAGGCUACGAAAGCCUCUCCGUGGAAGCACUUCUCUCUCGAGUAGAUGGACCUCGUUGGCUAGACCUCAGUCAAUUCGAAGUCAAUCCAUACUUUAUCGACCGAUUUGGGGAUUGUCUGCAACUGACACGUGGUAGCUUCGUAAUCACUACAAAGCCCCGUCUGCAGCAUUGUCUGAGGGAUGAUGCAUUACCCACGGGGUUUCAGCAGCUCGUCGACACUAUGUUUCUUACCAAUCCCCCAUGUAAGGCCCUAGGUAUCUACGCUCUAUGCGGGGAUGGCGACAAUGGCAUUGGGGGAUUUCAGUUAGUCGAAAAGGUUCAUCGUGCGGACGGCAUUCGUGUUGGAGAUUUCCUGCCGCAGAUCCGGCAGCACAUUCCUACGGCUAUCGAAAGCUGGCGCCACAAGUCUCAAGACAUGCGUGAGUAUAUCGCAGAAGAAAAGUGGACAAAGUUUUCGGGUUCUGGAAACAAGCUCCAAUCGUGGUGGGGACCUGGUCUUCCAAAACUCUUAGUUUUCCUCGAAUCCGCGGAACAACCUAGGCCAACAUUCGCGCAGUGUACUCACUUUGGGUAUCAGGAUUACAACAAUGUUUUCCGGAAGGAGUGGAACGAAGCUGUCUAA